AAAAGCUUCACUCAUUCGCGUUCAUGGCGGAAGAAGAUUCCACUUCCGGAUCCCCUCACUCUCUCAAGAACAGACUCAGAUCCUCCCUCUGCUUAUCGUGCUGCUUCCCUCACCACCGCGUGAGGCCAAGGUUCGUUCGAAGCGCAUCGCUUCACAGCAAGUCCCGCUCCACCGAUUUCCCCUUCCCUCACCUCAAGGACAAGUGCUGCAACUUCAUCUCCCGGAUCGGACGCCACCGUCGCCGCCACUCCGCCGAUUUCCACUACGACCCUCUCAGUUACGCGCUGAACUUCGAAGACGACGCCGGCGACGAGAAGUCCGUAGACGACCUCAGGAGUUUCUCCGCGAGAUUGCCGGCCUCUCCGCCGCCGAAGCCGUCUUCGAAUUCUCCGGCAAAUACUACCGUGGAAAUCGUCGCUCAUAGUUGAUCGAAAAUGUAUCGGGAGAUCUGAUAAUGUGGAUACAGUUUUUUGGCGGUGCAGGCAUAGCGUAACCACCGCGGUUAAAAUCGCAAUCAAAACGGUGCUGACGGCGUCGUUUUAAAGUAGUUUAGUUUAGUUUUGCUGUUUGUGUGUGUGUCCCCUGUUUGGCUGAUAACGUCAUUGUGAGAUCCGCCAAUGCAGCGCAAUGCAAAUGGGAGGAAUAAGAAAAAGCAAA